UUUGAAGCUGGCGCUCGCGCAUUGGCGGCUGGCGCUCGCGAGCGGGAACGCGGGAGUCGGAGGGAGGCAAUGGCCGCGGGACAGCAGCGGGCACCAACCAACCCACUGAGGUAGAGCCAAAUGCAGCACCCACAUUCGGACAAAUAAACAUGACGGCGAUGCGAUCAUUGACCGGAGGUUAUUAAAAAAUUAUUCAUGGCGAGUAGAGAGCCAAAAUACAACUUGGUGCGUGAAUUGGGACGUGGCAGUUAUGGUGUAGUAUAUGAAGCAGUGGUGACAAAGACUGGAGCACGAGUAGCAGUGAAGAAAAUUCGGUGCCAUGCGCCCGAGAAUGUGGAACUGGCCUUGCGAGAAUUUUGGGCAUUAAGCAGUAUCAAGACUAUUCAUCCUAAUGUGAUUCAUCUGGAGGAGUGCAUUCUGCAAAAAGAUGGGGUGCUUCAAAAGAUGACUCAUGGAUCAUCCUCUUCCCAUUAUUUAAAGCUGGUGGAGACUUCACUGAAAGGGGAACUAAGCUUUGAUUCCAGGAGCUCGUACUACCUCUGGCUUGUAAUGGAUUUCUGUGAUGGUGGAGACAUGAAUGAAUAUCUUCUUUCGCGGAAACCCAACCGUCGGACCAACAUUAGUUUUCAUGCUGCAGCUCAGCAGUGCCUUGGCUUUUUGCACAAAAACCAAAUUGUGCACCGGGACCUGAAGCCAGAUAAUAUAUUGAUUACUGAAACCAAAUCGGAAGCUGAAGGAGGAGGUCCUAUUCUAAAAGUGGCAGACUUUGGUCUGAGUAAAGUAUGCUCAGGGUUGGGAGCAGAUCAAAAGGAACCAGUUAAUGUUAACAGAUGCUGGCUUUCUACAGCUUGUGGGUCAGAUUUUUAUAUGGCUCCUGAAGUUUGGGAAGGUCAUUAUACUGCUAAAGCAGAUAUCUUUGCACUGGGUGUCAUCAUUUGGGCCAUGUUGGAAAGGAUUACCUUCAUAGAUUCAGAGACAAAGAAAGAACUAUUAGGAGGCUACGUGCGUCAGGGGUCAGUGAUUGUGCCCCUUGGUGAAGCACUGUUGUUAAACCCCAAGAUGGAGCUUAACAUUCCUGUUAAGAAGAAGUCCAUGAGUGCAGGAAUGAGACAGCUAAUCAAGGAAAUGCUAGCAACAAAUCCGCAGGAUCGACCUGAUGCUUUUGAACUUGAACUGAGGAUAUGUAAAAUCACAUGCCGAGAGUGCAGCCGGACUGCGUAAGUCUGAGUGCAUGUGAAAAUAAGUUGUAAUGAACCUUACCAGAGGCUUUUAAAUUGCCAGAAAAUUUUGAUUUUUGCCAACCCUGUGCCCCAAAGUGUACAUUCUGAAAUAGCUAGUUCAAUUUAUUAUGCAGUUCUAAAAAUGCUGCUGUUCCUUGGUACCCACAUCUUGAAAAGCAACCGCACUAAUGUUGCUGUGUCAGGUUACAUUUGACAAAUUUUUGAGGCUCGUCUUUAUCCCCUAACCUUGUAAAUCACUUAUUGAAAUGUGUAAAUGUUGAAGGUGUAAUCUGAUGUAUGGUUCUCUUGGAAUGUUUUUCUUGAAGGGGUAUGUUAAAUGGGGGAUUAGCAGACUCUUUUGCAGAAUAUCUGUAAGUUUCAUGGUCAUUACUUUUUCCUCGAGUUCACUUUUCCCCUAUUGCCUAUUUGUCCUAUUUAUCCUUUCCAUCAAACCAUCUUCACAGAAAUCACUUGACUAAACAGUCUUAAAUUAAAUCUAAAAAUGUUGUUUUGUGCCUAAAAUCAAUUUUGGUUUACCUAAGUAUUUUUAAUCAAAUCUUAAUCUUCUUAAUUUUUGACUUGUUUUUUCUCUCUCCCAUCUCUUUCCCCCAUUCCUUGGAAACUGAUACCACCUGAUUCAUCAUGGGCACCUUUUGUUAAUAAUGCCAGGUUUUCUAUGGAUUGGUUGUCAUCAGUGCAACUCACAAUGUCAAUGUGAUCUAUACUUUUGGGAAGUCUUUGGCAUGACUGACCAUGCUAAAGAACUUGCUAGAUAUUUAUAUGUAGCCUAACUUCUUUUAGUUGAAAUGAUAACUCAUUGGACACAUUGAUGUAAUUUUGUAACCAAGAUGUAAUUUUGGAAUUGGGCAUUAUUUAUCAACAAAACCUACAUACAGGUGUUAAUUCUAGGUGGUGUCUGAAUUUUUGUGUGUAACCCUUGCACAUGAGACUUGAUUAAAGUUGAGCAUGUUUGAGUUAUUUGGAUUAACAUAACACUGGGCUAGAGGGAAGAGUUUACACAAGGGUAUUCCUGAUAUUUGUCCUUAAAAUCGUAAAAGAAAAUUUAAAAUGAAUUAAGGAUGAAUGGUAAUAAGGGUGCUGCUUUUUUUUCGUUGAAGCAUCUGACUACUCUGUUAACACUUUGUCGUUGCCAUAUUGGUGUAUUAAGAGCACUGUACAUCAAGAAUCCAUAGGUCAAAUGGAAGUUGUGUACAAAAGAGGAUGGGAGUGAUAGUGAUGUAAUAAAUUACUUUUAGGCUAGUUUUAAAAAUUCAAAGCACUAUCUUAAGUGGGUUACCUUUCUACUGAAAACACAAGUGUAUUAAACUAUAUAAAGUUUACUGUGAAAUUUGUAAGAUUGUGUAAUUUAUUCUAAAUGUAAUAUGUACAAAUAAAGUUAUGAAAACCU